CAAAAAAAAGAAUAUCAAAUCAGAUGUGUUAGCAUCUUCAUGAAUGUCAUAAAAAAGAAAUGUUUCAGUGCCAAAACUGAACAGCAGUACAGUGACCUUUGAAAAUGUUGUUUAGGGUAUUAAUUGUGUAACUAGUGACAUUUUGUGUGUUUUUAUUUUUCUUCCUAUCCAGCUCAGUGGAAUAGCUGUUGCUUGUCCUAUUGUUAGAAUUUGGACUGAUAGAAAGGAGAGGAGCUGGAGAUUCAUUCUGCUCUGCAAGGGCAGACUCGAUUUCAGAAGUGGCACCAGAUGAUAGCCCUGUGUUGUCCCCAACCACUGGUGCUGAGAAAUGAUGCAGAACCAAGCCCUCAGAUCCCAGAUCACCCACGGCUCCUGGGACAUCUCUGGGGAAGGGACUUAUUAACGUAGACCCUGAUGCAACAUCCCAAGUCGUCUUUAUCCAUGAUUUGCACAGCCAGGACACUCCGGGGCUGGGAUUGGGAGGAGAGGAAUGGCCAAGUUGCCCUGCCCCCUUGGCUCUGUGGACUCCAGAAUGAUGGUCAGUACCAGCAGCAUUUCACACACACACCAGCCUCAUUAUUAAAAUUGGAACAAUUUGUGAACUAGAGUUGAGACUUCUCUAGAGAAGAUAAAAGGUUGGGAAGCUGCUCAAUGGCUGGGUCUGGGAGUCAGCUUCCAGGCAAUAUCUCACUGAGUCAGGACAAGGCCCAUCAUUCCCUGUUCCUGCCAGGCCGGGUAUUUGCCGGGAUAUGAAACGGAAGCCAGGUUUUUGGAGAGGCUGAAGCUGAUUUUUGUAACUAGGUCCUGUUACCGGCAAGGAAGCGGCCUUCACGCUGCUCAGAGUGUGGUGCAUCGCGCCCCCUGGUGCCCAAAAAGCGCAAUUACGUGCCACGCCAGCCAGCUCUCCUGGACUUAACUUCCAUUUUUCCCUGAUUCUCCUGUUCCUUGCCCACCCUUCUCUUUGCUGUGCCCACUGUGGUCCACGCCGCGGCUCCCCUCCCUCCUCCCUGCCCCAAGCAAUAAUGAACAAGAUCUUCAUUCUCUGAAGAGAAGUGCAAUAGUAAAACUUUCCUUUUUGUUUGUGUAUGGGAAGAGCUGGUGUUAAUGGGUCAGGCAGGCAAGGCAUGAAGUGAUAAAUAGGGAAAGGAUGAAAGAAGGGAACAAACCCAGGGGACCUAACGGACCUACCCUAACAAAAAAUUGGCGUACAAAAAAAGUGUAUUAAAAUUGUGAGACCACACCAACUCAUUCGUCACUCGUGUCUUUACAAAGAACAAACCUGAAGCUUCAAUGAGAAAGAAUUGAAGUAUUCUAGGGCUGCCUGAACUCUUCCGAACUUUUAGCAUAGGCUUUGAUUUCCGAGUUGUGUGCUUGCAUGUUAGAGAUAUGAUAGUGUCUAAAAAUUGGAACAUGGCAUAGUUUGAUCUAAAAGGUUAGCUGACUUCUGCCAUUUAGAAAAACCUCAUGCUCAAGUCUGCUUUUGAAAAGUUGCCUUGGUCAAGUGUUGAAGACAGCACUUGUUAGAAGGAACAAGUUCACUUCUAAGAGCCCUUCUCAAAGAGUUCAGGAAACAGCACUACUGAGAGUUGCCAAUCCUCAGAUCAGUGCAACGUGUGUGUAUGUGUAAGACACAGAUGGUGAAAAUAUCAAAUGCUACAGGUGCCAAGAAGGGAGGUGUUUUGCACCACACCAGCCUUUAAACAAACAUAAGGAUGCAGAAUGCAGUCUUUAAAAUGGAGGGAGAAUUUAAUGUCUGUGUGGCUAGUUCCUUGAAAUGACUUAAAAAGCUGAGAUACAGAAGUAUUAGUAAAUCGGUGCCAGGAAUGAAGUAACCGUUUAGAUCCAAUGCGGCGGCUCCAGCAUCGAACUCAUGCCCGGCACCCUUUAAACCCUCCCGGGACUCUGCAGAGCCCGCUGACCACUCACAGAGCCCAGCUCGGGGGAGGGCUUUAAGGUGAAGCACGUGACCCCCUGCUUGUGCAGCCCGGGCCGAGAAGUUUGCGCUCCCAAAGUCCUGGAGCACAGCAAGGGAGGGGCCAACGCCAGCCCGCGUGUGGGUGGCUGGGUGGGGGCGUGGGUGGGGGGGUCCGCCUAUAAUUAUCUAGGGAAAUGCAUCCGCGCUCCGCUUUUCGCUGCGGCAGCUCCGAGGGCACCUCCUGUUCUCCCCGAUCCUCCUACGGGAGUGGCUGGGCUUUCAGUCCGCUCUGAUCCCACCGAAACCACCUGGGGUUGACAGGAAGGAAGACGAGGCGUCUGCCGGGGAGGGCAGGGACCCGCUAAGCUGAUCUGCUGUACAGUAGUGCUACUUAAAAUAUGCUGGGGACCAUCACCAUCACAGUUGGUGAGAGAGACUCUGAAGAUGUGAGCGAAAGAGACUCCGAUAAGGAGAUGGCUGCUAAGUCAGCGGUUGUUCACGACGUCACAGAUGAUGGGCAGGAGGAGAUGCCCGAAAUAAUCGAACAGAUUCCUUCUUCAGAAAGCAAUUUAGAAGAGCUAACACAACCCACUGAGUCCCAGGCUAAUGAUAUUGGAUUUAAGAAGGUGUUUAAGUUUGUUGGCUUUAAAUUCACUGUGAAAAAGGAUAAGACAGAGAAGCCUGACACUGUCCAGCUACUCACUGUGAAAAAAGAUGAAGGAGAAGGAGCAGCAGGGGCUGGCGACCACCAGGAACCCAGCCUUGGGGCUGGAGAAGCAGCAUCCAAAGAAAGCGAACCCAAACAAUCUACAGAAAAACCUGAAGAGACCCUGAAGUGCGAGCAAAGCCAAGCGGAAAUUUCUCCCCCAGCCGAAUCUGGCCAAGCAGUGGAGGAAUGCAAAGAGGAAGGAGAAGAGAAACAAGAAAAAGAACCCAGCAAGUCUGCAGAAUCUCCGACUAGUCCCGUGACCAGUGAAACGGGAUCGACCUUCAAAAAAUUCUUCACUCAAGGUUGGGCCGGCUGGCGCAAAAAGACCAGUUUCAAGAAGCCGAAGGAGGACGAAGUGGAAGCUUCAGAGAAGAAAAAGGAACAAGAGCCAGAAAAAGUAGACACAGAAGAAAACGGAAAGGCAGAGGCUGCCUCCGAGAAGCUGACCGCCUCCGAGCAAGCCCACCCACAGGAGCCGGCAGAAAGCGCCCACGAGCCCCGGUUAUCAGCUGAAUAUGAGAAAGUCGAGCUGCCCUCAGAGGAGCAAGUCAGUGGCUCGCAGGGACCUUCUGAAGAGAAACCUGCUCCGUUGGCAACAGAAGUGUUUGAUGAGAAAAUAGAAGUCCACCAAGAAGAGGUUGUGGCCGAAGUCCACGUCAGCACCGUAGAGGACAGAACCGAGGAGCAGAAAACGGAGGUGGAAGAAACAGCAGGGUCUGUGCCAGCUGAAGAAUUGGUUGAAAUGAAUGCAGAACCUCAGGAAGCCGAACCUGCCAAGGAGCUGAUGAAGGAUGUUUCCGGAGAGGACCCUACACAGGGAGCUGACCUCGGUCCUGAUGAGAAGGCGCUGUCCAAACCCCCCGAAGGCAUUGUGAGUGAGGUGGAAAUGCUGUCAUCACAGGAGAGAAUGAAGGUGCAGGGAAGUCCACUAAAGAAGCUUUUUACCAGCACUGGCUUAAAAAAGCUUUCUGGAAAGAAACAGAAAGGGAAAAGAGGAGGAGGAGACGAGGAGUCAGGGGAGCACACUCAGGUUCCAGCCGAUUCUCCGGACAGCCACGAGGAGCAAAAGGGCGAGAGCUCUGCCUCAUCCCCUGAGGAGCCCGAGGAGAUCACGUGUCUGGAAAAGGGCUUAGCUGAGGUGCAGCAGGAUGGGGAAGCUGAAGAAGGAGCUACUUCCGAUGGAGAGAAAAAAAGAGAAGGUGUCACUCCCUGGGCAUCAUUCAAAAAGAUGGUGACGCCCAAGAAGCGCGUUAGACGGCCUUCGGAAAGUGAUAAAGAAGAUGAGCUGGACAAGGUCAAGAGCGCUACCUUGUCUUCCACCGAGAGCGCAGCCUCUGAAAUGCAAGACGAAAUGAAAGGGAGCGUGGAAGAGCCAAAGCCAGAAGAACCGAAGCGCAAGGUGGAUACCUCAGUAUCUUGGGAAGCUUUAAUUUGUGUGGGCUCAUCUAAGAAAAGAGCAAGGAAAGGAUCCUCUUCUGAUGAGGAAGGGGGACCAAAAGCAAUGGGAGGAGACAACCAGAAAGCCGAUGAGGCCGGAAAAGACAAAGAGACGGGGACAGACGGGAUCCUUGCUGGUUCCCAAGAACAUGAUCCAGGGCAGGGAAGUUCCUCCCCUGAGCAAGCUGGAAGCCCUACCGAAGGGGAGGGCGUUUCCACCUGGGAGUCAUUUAAAAGGUUAGUCACACCAAGAAAAAAAUCAAAGUCCAAGCUGGAAGAGAAAAGUGAAGACUCCAUAGCUGGGUCUGGUGUAGAACAUUCCACUCCAGAUGCUGAACCCGGGAAAGAAGAAUCUUGGGUCUCAAUCAAGAAGUUUAUUCCUGGACGAAGGAAGAAAAGGCCAGAUGGGAAACAAGAACAAGCCCCUGUUGAAGACGCAGGGCCAACAGGGGCCAACGAAGAUGACUCUGAUGUCCCGGCUGUGGUCCCUCUGUCUGAGUACGAUGCUGUAGAAAGGGAGAAAAUGGAGGCACAGCAAGCCCACAAAAGCACAGAGCAGCCCGAGCAGAAGGCAGCCGCUGAGGUGUCCAAGGAGCUCAGCGAGAGUCAGGCUCAUAUGAUGGCAGCGGCUGUCAUUGACGGGACGAGGGCAGCCACCAUUAUUGAAGAAAGGUCUCCUUCGUGGAUAUCUGCUUCAGUGACAGAACCUCUUGAACAAAUAGAAGCUGAAGCCGCACCGUUAACUGAGGAGGUAUUGGAAAGAGAAGUAAUUGCAGAAGAAGAACCCCCCGCAGUUACCGAACCUCUGCCAGAGAACAGAGAGGCCCGGGGAGACACGGUCGUUAGUGAGGUGGAAUUGACCCCUGAAGCUGUGACAGCUGCAGAAACUGCAGGGCCAUUGGGUGCUGAAGAAGGAACUGAAGCAUCUGCUGCUGAAGAGACCACAGAAAUGGUGUCAGCAGUCUCCCAGUUAACUGACUCCCCAGACACCACAGAGGAGGCCACUCCGGUGCAGGAGGUGGAAGAUGGCGUACCUGACAUAGAAGAGCAAGAGAGGCGGACUCAAGAGGUCCUCCAGGCAGUGGCAGAAAAAGUGAAAGAGGAAUCCCAGCUGCCUGGCACCAGUGGACCAGAAGACGCGCUUCAGCCUGUGCAGAGAGCAGAGGCAGAAAGACCAGAAGAGGAUGCUGAAGCGCCGGGUCUGAAGAAAGAAACGGAUGUAGUGUUGAAAGUAGAUGCUCAGGAGGCAAAAACUGAGCCUUUUACACAAGGGAAGGUGGUGGGGCAGACCACCCCAGAAAGCUUUGAAAAAGCUCCUGAAGUCACAGAGAGCAUAGAGUCCAGUGAGCUUGUAACCACUUGUCAAGCCGAAACCUUAGCUGGGGUAAAAUCACAGGAGAUGGUGAUGGAACAGGCUAUCCCCCCUGACUCGGUGGAAACCCCUACAGACAGUGAGACCGAUGGAAGCACCCCCAUAGCAGACUUUGAAGCGCCAGGCACAACCCAGAAAGACGAGAUUGUGGAAAUCCAUGAGGAGAAUGAGGUCGCAUCUGGUACCCAGUCAGGGGGCACAGAAGCAGAGGCAGUUCCUGCACAGAAAGAGAGGCCUCCAGCACGUUCCAAUUUUGUGUUCCAGGAAGAAACUAAAGAACAGUCAAAGAUGGAAGACACUCUAGAACAUACAGAUAAAGAGGUGUCGGUGGAAACUGUAUCCAUUCUGUCAAAGACUGAUGGGACUCAAGAGGCUGGCCAGUAUGCUGAUGAGAAAACCAAAGACGUACCAUUUGUCGAAGGACUUGAGGGGUCUAUAGACACAGGCAUAACAGUCAGUCAGGAAAAGGUCACUGAAGUUGCCCUUAAAGAUGAAGGGACAGAAGAAGCUGAAUGUAAAAAGGAUGAUGCUCUUGAACUGCAGAGUCAUGCUAAGUCUGCUGCAUCCCCCGUGGAGAGAGAGAUGGUAGUUCAAGUCGAAAGGGAGAAAACAGAAGCAGAGUCAACCCAUGUGAAUGAAGAGAAGCUUGAGCACGAAACAGCUGUUACCGUAUCUGAAGAGGUCAGUAAGCAGCUGCUCCAGACAGUGAAUGUGCCCAUCAUAGAUGGGGCAAAAGAAGUCAGCAGUUUGGAAGGAAGCCCUCCUCCCUGCCCAGGUCAAGAGGAGGCAGUAUGCACCAAAAUUCAAGUUCAGAGCUCUGAGGCGUCAUUCACUCUAACAGCUGCUGCAGAGGAGGAAAAGGUCUUAGGAGAAACUGUCAACAUUUUAGAAACAGGUGAAACAUUGGAGCCUGCAGGUGCACAUUUAGUUCUGGAAGAGAAAUCCUCUGAAAAAAAUGAAGACUUUGCUGCUCAUCCAGGGGAAGAUGCUGUGCCCACAGGGCCCGAGUGUCAGGCAAAAUCGACACCAGUGAUAGUAUCUGCUACUACCGAAAAAGGCUUAAGUUCCGACCUGGAAGGAGAGAAAACCACAUCACUGAAGUGGAAGUCAGAUGAAGUCGAUGAGCAAGUUGCUUGCCAGGAGGUCAAAGUGAGCGUAGCAAUCGAGGAGGAUUUACAGCCUGAAAAUGGGAUUUUGGAACUUGAGACCAAAAGCAGUAAACUUGUCCAAAACAUCAUUCAGACAGCCGUUGACCAGUUUGUACGUACAGAAGAAAGAGCCACCGAAAUGUUGACGUCUGAGUUACAGACGCAAGCUCACGUGAUAGAAGCUGACAACCAGGAUGCUGGACGGGAAACGGAGAAAGAAGGAGAGGAACCUCAGGCCUCUGCACAGGAUGAAACACCAAUUACUUCAGCCAAAGAGGAGUCAGAGUCAACCGCAGUGGGACAAGCACAUUCUGAUAUUUCCAAAGACACGAGUGAAGCCUCAGAAAAGACCACGACUGUUGAGGUAGAAGGUUCCACUGUAAAUGAUCAGCAGCUGGAAGAGGUCGUCCUCCCAUCUGAGGAAGAGGGAGAUGGAGCUGGAACAAAGUCUGUGCCAGAAAAUGAUGGUCAUGCCUUGUUAGCAGAAAGAAUAGAGAAGUCACUAGUUGAACCAAAAGAAGAUGAAAAAGGUGAUGAUGUCGAUGACCCUGAAAACCAGAACUCAGCCCUGGCUGAUACUGAUGCCUCAGGAGGCUUAACCAAAGAGUCCCCAGAUACAAAUGGACCAAAACAAAAAGAGAAGGAAGAUGCCCAGGAAGUAGAAUUGCAGGAAGGAAAAGUGCACAGUGAAUCAGAUAAAGCGAUCACACCCCAAGCACAGGAGGAGUUACAGAAACAAGAGAGAGAAUCUGCAAAGUCAGAACUUACAGAAUCUUAAAACAUCAUGCAGUUAAACUCAUUGUCUAUUUGGAAGACCAGAAUGUGAAGACAAGUAGUAGAAGAAAAUGAAUGCUGCUGCUGAGACUGAAGACCAGUAUUUCAGAACUUUGAGAAUCGGAGAGCAGGCACAUCAACUGAUCUCAUUUCUAGAGAGCCCCUGACAAUCCUGAGGCUUCAUCAGGAGCUAGAGCCAUUUAACAUUUCCUCUUUCCAAGACCAACCUACUAUUUUCCCUCGAUAACCAUAUAAAUUCUGAUUUAAGGUCCUAAAUUCUUAACCUGGAACUGGAGUCGGCAAUACCUAGUUCUGCUUCUCAAACUGGAGUAUCAUUCUUUACGUAUUUAUAUGUAUGUUUUAAGUAAUCCUCUUUCUGUAUCUAUUGUAUAUUUUUUUCUUAAUGUUUAAGGAAAUGUGCAGGAUACUACAUGCUUUUUAUAUCACACAGUAUAUGAUGGGGCAUGUGCCAUAGUGCAGCCUUGGGGAGCUUUAAGCCUCAGUUAUAACCCACGAAAAACAAAGCUUCCUAGAUGUAACAUUCCUGAUCAAGGUACAAUUCUUUAAAAUUCACUAAUGAUUGAGGUCCAUAUUUAGUGGUACUCUGAAAUUGGUCACUUUCCUAUUACGUGGAGUGUGCUAAAACUAAAAAGCAUUUUGAAACAUACAGAAUGUUCUGUUGUCAUUGGGAAAUUUUUCUUUCUAACCCAGUGGAGGUUAGAAAGAAGUUAUCUUCUGGUAGCAAAUUAACUUUACAUCCUUUUUCCUACUUGUUAUGGUUGUUUGGACCUAUAAGUAUGCUUACUCCUGAGGCAAAGUAGUGAAGUGUUUUAUAUGUUAUGAUGAAAAGAAUUGUUGUAAGUUUUUGAUUCUACUCUUAUAUGCUGGACUGAAUUCACACACGGCAUGAAAUAAGUCAGGUUCUUUACAGAUGGUAUUUUGAUAGAUACUGGAUUGUGUUUGUGCCAUAUUUGUGCCAUUCUUUUAAGAACAAUGUUGCAACACAUUCAUUUGGAUAAGUUGUGAUUUGACGACUGAUUUAAAUAAAAUAUUUGCUUCACUUAGAUUUGCUGGUUUUAUUAGAUACCAGGAAGCCUGGGACAUAUGUGUAGCACAUUAGAAUGAUAAAGAUAAUGAUUGAUAAGCUAGAACUUUCUGAUGUAGUCAUUACAUGAAACCCCUUUUCACUGGUUUGAGUUGUGUGUUCAGAGGAAGCCAUGGCCGAGAUGCUUUUCCUGAAGUAAACCAGUGGCUUUUCAGAUUGACAUUCUUGCUACAAUUCUACCAUCUGGUAAUUCCUGAAAAUGUCAAUUUUUUUGUGUUAAUAUUUUUGGUUUCAAACAAUAACAAAUGUCUCUAGAAAGAAAUUUUAAGAAAGCUUAAUAGUAAAAAUGCCUUUCCUGAAAUAAUCUUAGAAAAUUUUUUAAAUGUCAAAAUGAUGAGUCAUGCUAAUACAUUAAGGGUUUAUUUUUGAGACAGAGUUUCGCUCCUGUUGCCCAGGCUGGAGUGCAAUGGCACGAUCUCAGCUCACCGCAACCUCCACCUCCCAGAUUCCAGCGAUUCUCCUGCCUCAGCCUACAUUAAGGGUUUUGUCAGACAAUUGUCACACAAAGAAUAGUGUUACUUAUCUACUCUUGACAUAUAGAACUGGCCUGGCAUAUAGCUUUCUAGAUUUUAUUCAAACUUGGUACUCCAGUUUGAAAAUUUAAAUUUUGACUGCUGAUUAGCUGGAAAGCCUAGUUUUAAUGGAAAGGAAGUUUGCUUUUAAAACUGAAAGUAGUUUCUUUUAUGCUAACAAAUCUAACUUCAUAUAUAAUUGGGAUUGGCCAUAUUAGUAAAACACCUCAUGAUAGCAGUGUAUAGUCUUGUUUGUAGUUGGAAGUCAUCUUUUAGGAGUUAUUCUCAAAUAUAUAUCAUAGCUACCAAUGCAUCAUUAUUAAAAUCCCCAAAUUCAAAAAACCUCUGAGAUAUAUAUAUAUAUAUAUAUAUUUUUUUUUUGGCCAACUGAGAUUUAAAUCCAAGUGCUGGUGUCUAGUUCUGAACAUCAACUAAAGAGUUUUAGAAAUGACAGCAAUUUAUAACAAGUUCAUAUUGACUUCCUCUCUAUGGCAGGAAGACAUUCUGUGCUGUUUUGAACAGAUUAAAGAUUUGUGUAGUUUGUGGGAAAUUGAUGUUUUUGUUUAAAUUCCACCCGCGUUUGUCUUUUCCUACCACCUGUGGCCAGGUGCUCGCUGGCCAUCACAGUUGAGAUUCCAUGAGUAGCUGCUUCAUGACUGCUUUUUGUACUAUCUGGAUGUGCCCAGAGUUACUUCUGUACAAGCUCUGUAUCUAUGUCCGUUGAGAACAUUAUUUUAACAAGAACACCAACAGUAGCAUGAAAUACAAUACUGUUUUAUAAUUCUAAAGCUGCUGUUAAUUUAUGAAGUACAUAAUAAUCUAAUGUAAACUGCAGAAGUCAGAGCAAGUGCCUACAUUUUGCUAUUUUUGGCAUUACUACAGAGCCAUGUACAAUAGAAAGCAAUGCAAGACUUGUAAACUCUCACCACUUCUUGUAAUAUCAAAUGUUCCCCCUCAGGUUGUUUUGCUUAUGGUACCCAUGAGUUGCCUCUCUCUGUACAUAGAUAAAUUGUUCCAAUAUUUUCCUUUGAUGUUUGGAACUACAGAUAGUCAAGGGCUGGAAAUUUUAGUUUUCAAUAUAGCUUCCAGCUUAGCAAUUACCUCUAGUCCAAGACAAUAUUUGAUUCCUAGUUCUGUUUGGGGCAAAUUUUCAUUUAUCUAAAUAAAAUGCAAUCUAAUUAAAUGCCA